AUGUCGAAUUUCCCGCUUCCUUCUCCUUUUGUGCCUCUGCCUUCCUCCGCUUUCCCUCAUCGUCUUUCUCCACUUCCAUAG